UUACAGUAUUGAGUUGAGUUCUUUCGUACUCGGUUGUUGCUCGUCUCUUCUUUCGAGAAAGCUUGGUUAACUGCGAUGGCUGAGGAGCCGUGGGGAGAACUGUUGUCUUUCCAGAGCAAGCUCCCCUCGGGUGCUGCUUAUGGCUACGGUGAAGAGGAUCUGCAAGGGUUGCGCCAGAAGGAGUUUCCCAGGCUAGGAGAAAUUACUUAUCUUGACCACGCAGGUGCUGCUCUCUAUCCAGAAAGUUUGCUAAAAGCCUUCACUGAUGACCUCAGUACAAAUGUUUAUGGAAAUCCUCAUAGCCAGAACAUCAGCAGCAAACUGACAUAUGAUACUAUUGAACAUGUCAGGUUCAGGAUACUGCAGCACUUCAAUGCAACUGUUGAAGACUAUACUGUCAUUUUUACUUCAGGAAGCACAGCUUCAUUCAAACUCAUUGCAGAAGCUUUUCCCUGGAUACCUGAAACCUUGGAGGAACCUGGCAGCCGAUUUUGCUACCUUACUGAUAACCAUACAUCUGUGGUGGGCAUGAGAGUGAUCACUGCUACAAAAAAUGUAUUAUUUGUUCCAGUAAAACCAAAAGAUAUCUUGUCAGGAGCAAAUGUUGUGGAGGCUAAAGACAAUAAUUGUAGAACACCACAUCUCUUCUGUUAUCCUGCUCAGAGCAAUUUUUCAGGAACCAAAUAUCCACUUGCAUGGAUAGAAGAGAUACAGUGUGGAAAGCUCUGUCCCAUUCAGGUCGAAGGGAAGUGGUUUGUCCUCUUGGAUGCUGCAUCUUAUGUUAGUACCUCUCCUUUAGACUUAAGCAUUCAUCAAGCAGACUUUAUUCCUUUAUCAUUCUAUAAGUUAUUUGGAUUCCCCACUGGCAUAGGUGCAUUGCUAGUAAAAAAUGAAAUUGCUUCAUGCUUGAGAAAAGCCUAUUUUGGAGGAGGAACUGCUGCUGCCUAUUUGGCAGAAGAGGAUUUUUAUUCACCAAGACAAUCAGUGGCUGAAAGGUUUGAGGAUGGGACAGUUUCAUUUCUUGAUAUUAUUGCAUUGAACCAUGGAUUUGAUGCUUUGGAAAAACUAACAGGUGGAAUGGAAAACAUAAAACAGCAUACAUUUGCUUUGGCUCACUACACGUAUAGAGUUCUUUCAACAUUAAAAUAUGCUAAUGGUGCACCUCUUGUGCACAUUUAUAGUGAUACUGACUUCAGCAGCUCGGAUAUCCAAGGUCCUAUAAUUAAUUUUAAUGUGUUAAAUGAAAGUGGAGAUAUAAUUGGGUAUUCACAGGUGGACAAACUGGCUGGACUCUACAACAUACAUAUGCGCACAGGCUGCUUCUGUAAUACUGGAGCUUGUCAGCAGCACUUGGGGAUUAGCCACGAUGACAUCAAAAAGAAUCUCCAGGCUGGUCAUGUGUGUGGAGAUGACAUAGACUUAAUCGAUGGACAUCCCACUGGGUCUGUGAGAAUUUCAUUUGGCUAUAUGUCUACAUUUGAAGAUGCCCAAGCGUUUUUGAAAUUCAUUAUAAGUAUUAGAUUACCUGCUUACAACUUGGUAAAAUGCCCAUCACAGAGAGAGAUUGUUCCAAAGAUCACAUCAUUUCCCAAACAGGAUAGCAACACUCAUGAUGAGAAGAAUGCAAAUGAACAGCCUCUGAAAAGUAUAAUCAAGAAUUUACAGCUAAGUUACCACUGCACAACAGUGAUAAAGCCAGAAGAAAAUCUGCAGCUGCCUAGGAGUUAUCCAGAAAUCAGCAUGCCUGAAGUUUUUAUUAAUUCAGUAGAAGAAGUGCCAAAUGGUAUAAAGACGAUUACAAUCACCAAUAUUUACCUGUACCCAAUCAAAUCAUGUGCUGCAUUUGAGGUUAUGCAGUGGCCUAUUGAAAAUCAAGGCUUGUUGUAUGACCGUAACUGGAUGGUUACAAAUCAGAAUGGAGUUUGUAUUACUCAGAAGCAGGAACCAAGACUGUGUCUUAUACAACCCUUAAUUGAUCUGGAGCAAAAUGUGAUGAUCAUCAAGGCAGAAGGGAUGAAUCCUAUCUCGGUAUCCUUAGAAGAAAAAAGUGGAACUUUAACUGAAAUCUGUCAAAGCAAAGUCUGUUCUCACAGAGUACAGACGUAUGAUUGCGGAGAGAGACUAGCUGAUUGGUUUACUGAGUUUCUCAGUCGGCAGUGCCGCCUGAUUAGACAGAGUUCAGACUUCAGAAGAAAUGCUUUUAAUAAGAAUAAAAAAGGAGAGACCUCUGCUGUAACUCCCACACUCUCCUUAGUAAAUGAAGCACAGUAUCUCCUGAUAAAUAAGACAAGUAUUUUACAACUGAGAGAUCAGGUUACUGCAUGCCUAGGUGAAUCAUUUCUUCCUCAGGAAUUAAUUUAUCGAUUCCGGGCCAACAUUGUUAUCAGAACAAAUGAGCCAUUUGAAGAAGACUUGUGGGACCAGAUUACCAUUGGCCCUCUACAUUUCAGGGUUAUAGGACCAUGUCACAGAUGUCUGGUUAUCUGCAUUAAUCAACAAACUGGACAGCGAAACAAGGACUUUCUGCAAAGGUUGUCUUCUAUUAGAGACAGAAAGACUAACUUUGGAAUAUAUCUGGCAAAUCACCCUGGUACACAAUUCUCCCUUUCUAAUACCUUGUCAGUAGGAUCUGAGAUCUCUGUAGUAUUAAAGAAUACUACAUCUUCAACCUCUACUGAAGACAUUAAGUCACUUUAAGCAGCAAAUAGAUCUGUUUUGCAAAGAGCUUACAUUUGUUGUGAAAUUUCAGUCUUCGGUAUUGGCAGUAUGCUAAGAUUAUUUGUGAGCAAUUUUGUGUUACAUCUAAUAAAAUUACAUCGUUUCUUGCAA